AUGCCUCCAGCAGAAGUGUUGGCCCAUAGCCCACAUCCGUCUCGCAGCAACAGCACCUUUCUUCGUCCUACGCAACAACAGCAACAACUACAACAACCGUCGUCAUCAUCAGCCCACCGAAAACGUAGCAUCACCAUGACUACCGCUUCCGCCGUCUCGCAACACAGCAAGCUUGCGGCGGCGCUGACUGCUCCUGAGGGUGGCGGCAACCGCUCCCGCCGCAACAGCACCGCAACCGUAAGCAGCACUACCACUACCACCAGCACUAGUACCAGCACCAGAAAACGCUUCUCGAACAUGAUGCUUCGCCGGCCGUCGCAAUCGACCAGUGCAAGCAGCACCAGCAGUGGCAGCUCCAGCGACAGGAAAUCGACGAGCAGCAACAUGUCGAGACGCCAAUCGCUGACCAGGGCAACCGCAUCGAGUCUCGCCAAGGUGGUACCAUCUUUUCACAAUAAGACCACCAACGCGGAAUCACCGAAAUCUUCUUCCCAGCACAAUGGUACUAUCAAUAAUAUUUUGGCGCGUCGGCGGAACAGCAUGAUGACACUGUCAAAUGCUACGCAGCCAGCCACGCCAAAACCAUCCGGGUCAACAGUAGCAAAAUCAACAUCCUAUUCAAAGCUAGGUACAAACAAUACCAGUGCCAAUGAUGCCAGUGCAAAGAACUCCAGUAACUGGUUUGGCUUACGACGUCCUUCCUCUCCAGCCAUCCCCAGCCCGUCAUCAUCUUCUGCUCAACCUUCACCUCGUCUACGCAGGAACUCAAUCAUCCCCCCAUCAUCAUCAACAUCAGCAAUAACACGAGCAAAAUCUCAUCAUCCCAAUCACAUGCCACGGCAGCAGCAGCAUCAGCACGACAAACACGACUCAAGGCUUGCUACAUUGGCGAAACAACAACAACAACAACAACAACAACAACAACAACGCACAAACACUGCACAUCAGGAGACCGAAGCACCAGAUAGAUCCAUUUCCAAUUCAUCUACGCUCAAGCCAAAAACCAAUGUCCCCGCACGCCCUGCGGGCACAACCGCAACAGUCAAAUCAGCAGUGCCAGUAGCACCAGCAGCAGCCACAGCAGCAACGGCGCCGCCAGCACCACCAGCUGACAAAGCUGCAACCGCAAUUGUCGGAGCGCCCUCCGUUGCAGCAUGUGCAGAGCAUUCUGCAGCACAACAAGAUUCCUAUUUUGAACAGCAUCAUCCAGCUGAAACACCCCGUACCAUUACCACUGCCUCGACCGUCAUCAAAGCGCCAAGUGAAACUUGUUCGAGAUUGAGCUCGCGUAUGCUAGAUAGUGACAUCUCCAUCGGCAGCAUCGAGUCGCGUCGCAGCAGUGUUUCGAGUCUACGAACCGUCCAAUCCGCAUGCCACCACAACAAUACCACUAAAACGACUCAGCACCCUGCUUGGCUGGCUUCAGCUGGGUUCAUGAGACGAACCAAAUGCACUGCGUGUAAUCCAAAUAGCCAUACCGACCAUCGCCGCUCAUUGUCUCGAUCCAGCUCCAUGUAUGAUGUUGCGCAGCCGCAAGCAUCCACUCUGCGAAGACUUAGUCGCACAUCUCUGACGGAAGACAAUGGAAGUGUUAAAACAACAAACAUCAACCGGCGCAUUGCAUCUGCAGACGGAUUAAUUGAUCCGCCAUUGACACCUAUUCCAAACACUACCGUCGCCUUCAUCAGACAACAACAGCAGCAACAGCAACUUUAUGGCAACAAUCGGUCCACUAUGCCAACAGCGGCCGCUACUUGUGCUGCUGCCAUGGCAGCCGCUGCUGCAGUGGUCAGUGCGGCAGCUGCAACCGCAGCUACUACCAAUCCAGACUCGACGAAUGAAAAGUGGAUGCGACUUAUUGGUAACUGCAUCACGCACUCCAACAAGCUCGAGCGUCUCGCGCACGACCUGAUCACCUCUGAACAGCACGUAACGCAUAUGUUGGAGACGCACGAGUCCAUGGAAGACGCUCAGAAGUCUCGAGACCAGCAGUACCAGGUCCAGGUCAAGGAGUGCGAGACCCUCGUGAGGGUACAGCGCGAAAUGCUGGUUGAAAUGGAGGGUCUCCUCAGCGAGCACGGAUUCAACAGAAAGGAAAUAGACACAACACCACAACAAAUACAGCAUGACUUGACCACGCCGCCUCCAUCGUCUCCUUCGACAUCCUCCUCAUCCUCGGUACCAUCAUCUUUAGCUGACCGAGACCCAAAACAGGAACAACAACAAACAACAACAAGCUCUUCAUCUUCUUCUUCUUCUUCUUCUUCCGAGGUUGAAGAUGAUGAGGAGGACUCACAACAAGAAGAACAUUCUCCUGCUCAGGAACAAUGUGUCGAAAGAUCCGAAAAUGAUCAAACACAGGAACCGGAGCCAUCCGAAGACGAGCUGCAACAACAAGCUCAUCAACAAGAACAAAAACAUCAUUCAAGGCAGCUGACCGAGUCCCCUGAGCCGUAUCAAAAAGAACCAGAGCAACAACAGCAGGAGCAGCAGCAAGAAGAAGAAGAAGAAAAAGAAGACGAGAUCGAUAAGCCCUGGAGUGAAAUUGUCGAAGACACCGUAUCCCAAAUCCGCUGGAACGUGAGUCAGUGGGUCGGUGGUGGUGUUGGCACCGGUCAAAUCGUAAAGUGCGAAGUGGGUCCCGACGGAUUGAUGAGCACCAUCAUUGUUGCUGGUACUGGUGUCACAACUGAGCCCCGGCUGCUUCCAAAGCAUCUCAUGCAAAAGCAGCAGCAGCAGCAGCAGCAGCAUCGUCCAGAUAUAUCCGUGUACUACCACCAAUACAUCCUUUAUAUUGAACGGGAAGAUCGGAAGCGCCACUUUACGCUGAUGCCCAGUGCUCAAUGGGUCCAAGAUGAUCAAGUAAAGUGCUGCCAGUUCUCCUAUACUGACGAUUCAUCAUCAUCAUCAUCACCAUCAACCCAUAUCCAAUGUAAGUCCGGGUUUGACUGGCUUGCACGGCGACACCACUGCCGAAGCAGCAACCGCCUCCCACUCUUUGAUGCACAGAACGCCAAGGCAGAAUGGUCUCGCGUCUGUGAUGGCUGUUUUUACGCCUUGGCUGGCUCGUCAUUGUUCCAUCCUUCUGAAGAUCGAUGA